AGCACAGCGGAAGUGGGAUUAACUACCGCUCCAUCCGCUACAGAAUUGGAAACCGUUUUCCAGAAUAAGUUCUCCACCGUUUUCCCUUCGCAUUAACUCCCACUCGGCAACUCCCCUCACCUACCUUCAAUGCCGCUUUGCUUCAUCCUCACUCCUCCCCCAGAUUCCCUCUCCAGUUAGCUCAUCCGUCCCCACCAAAAACCUAACCUGCGAUCGGUUUCAAUGCGCUAGGGUUUGAUUCGUUUUCCGUAUUUGUGGCUGUUCUGCUUCUCGCAUUGGAUUUUGAUUCGAUUUGGUCGCUGUGAAGUCAUGGAGGUGGAGCAGCCGAGGGCGGAGAACCGGGCCAUGACCUUCGACGAGGCGUCGAUGGAGCGGAGCAAGGGCUUCGUCAAGGCCCUGCAGGAGCUGAAGAAUCUGCGGCCUCAACUAUACUCUGCUGCGGAAUACUGCGAGAAGUCGUAUCUUCAUAGUGAGCAGAAACAGAUGGUAUUGGACAACCUUAAAGAUUAUGCUGUACGAGCCCUUGUUAAUGCCGUUGAUCACCUAGGAACUGUGGCAUACAAAUUAACCGACCUUCUAGAGCAACAAUCUCUAGAUGUUACAGUUAUGCAGCUUAAAGUCACCAGUCUUAAUCAGCAAUUUCUAACUUGCCAAACGUAUACGGAUAAAGAAGGGCUUCGGCAGCAGCAGUUAUUGGCCAUUAUUCCCCGGCAUCAUAAGCACUAUAUUUUACCAAAUUCUGUCAGUAAGAAGGUGCAUUUCGGUCCUCAAAUACAGAAGGAUGUCCGACAGAAUCAUCUUCAAGGUCGAUCUCGUCUUCAGCCAUCAGGUGCCCCUGCAGCAAAAACUCUUUCCUGGCAUUUAGCAUCAGAAACAAAGUCUUCCUUGAAAGGGAGUCAAAAUGUACCAACGAGCAGCACUGAAGAUUCUGCUAAAACACCUGAAGUCUUUCAUCUGCUGAAUGAUGAAGAGAAUUCACGAGUGAUAUCAUCUGCACCUCAUAUGCAAUUGCGAACUGGACCUCCUGCUUCUGGUGCCCUUAUGACUAUGGUCAGUGCUCCACGCAGGGAUUCCUUUGAUGGCUCCAAACAGUUGACAGCAUUCAGGUCAUUUGAUAACCCGAACAGAAGAGCAAUUGUUCAUGCUCCAGCUCGCAGUAGGAGCAUGCUAUCUGCCUUUUUUGCCAAACCGAAAACACCGAAACUGAAAGCGGCACCUGUGUCAUAGAAUCCCUUUCAGUCUGUACAAUCAUGGAGCUACAAAGCCUCCGGGUCUGUCACAUCUGACUUGCUGUAUAUUGCUUCUCUAGUUCAUGGGUGAUGAACAUUUCUUCCAUAGGAUUACGUCGAAGAGAUGGAAGUCAUAAGUUAGUUUACUGGGCAACCUUUUUAGUUAGACGACGUCGAAUAACGAGCUGAUUUGUGCAUGAAACUUUUAAGUUAGCCUAUGUUAGCUUUGAUCACAUGUAAUUGCUCCUGCGCGGAUCAUAUCAUUUAUUGGCUGUUGUUUUGUGACUCGUGCAAUAAUGUUUGUUUUUAUCUGAUAAGACUAUGGAGGAUAUGAAUUGUCAACAUUUUCAGGGCCGGAUGAUGAACAAGUAAACUGUAUCGGCAUGUUAUGAUUUAGUCGUCCUGGACUGGAAAUGGACACAUGCCUACUGAAAUUCAUUGUCAAAUGAUGGAGAUUUCUAUGUUUAA